UCACCAAUCAGGAGCCGGAGGUCUGAAGCAGCGUCUCAUAGAUCUCACAUCCGGUCCCACAGUUUAAGAGCCGCGUGCUUCCCGGUUUGACUUGAUAUUUCUCCUGAUCGCAGAAAGGAAAAGCCAUGGCAAGAACCAAGCAGACCGCCCGUAAAUCUACCGGAGGCAAAGCCCCCAGGAAGCAGCUGGCCACCAAGGCUGCCCGUAAGAGCGCCCCGGCCACCGGCGGCGUGAAGAAGCCUCACCGUUACAGGCCCGGUACCGUGGCUCUGAGAGAGAUCCGUCGCUACCAGAAAUCCACGGAGCUGCUGAUCCGCAAGCUGCCCUUCCAGCGCCUGGUCCGAGAAAUCGCUCAGGACUUCAAGACCGACCUGCGUUUCCAGAGCUCCGCCGUCAUGGCUCUGCAGGAGGCCAGCGAGGCUUACCUGGUCGGUCUGUUCGAGGACACCAACCUGUGCGCCAUCCACGCCAAGAGGGUCACCAUCAUGCCCAAAGACAUCCAGCUGGCCCGUCGCAUCCGCGGGGAGAGGGCUUAAACUGUCCGCUGCUGCUGCUCAACACACAAAGGCUCUUUUAAGAGCCACCAAAUAAUCCUAAAAGAGUAUUUCCUUUUUAUUCGUAGUCUGUUUUAGACACGAAACGCACACCUUGUACUUUGUCUGAAAUAUCGACACAUGUGAGCUGAACUGAAAUCAAAGAAAAGAGGAAAAACACCAGAGCUUGUAGAAAACAUCUGAACUUGUAGGCUGUAACAUUAUCACUCACAAUAUUUACACUCUGUUAUCUGAAUGUAAAGUCUUAUAAAACCUACACACGUGUAGAGUGAUAUUUACAUUAAUGCAAUUAAAUCCAUUCCGAAGAAAAUAUGAAAUAGAAACUAAUCUUUAAUGGACUAAAACCGCUGUAUUAAUUUGUCGGUUAAGUACAUUAUAAUAAAGCUAAUUGUAUGUUGAGACAAGCAGGCUCAGUAGAGAAAAUGUUCUUUGAAUAAGAUUAAUUAGAACAGUGAAAAAACUGGUGAGUUAUGAGUUCAAUUAAGAAUUGAACAGGUCACAUUUAUUACAGUUGAAUCCUGUUCAGUUGAACACUUUGAUCAGCAGAGAGUGAUAAAGCAGCAGCAGAAAAAUUCUGCAAGUUCCUCUCCUCAGAACACACAUUUAAGGACACACCACAGGUGAAUAGAGUAAAAGAUAAUAGAUAUGACCAUGAGACUUCCCCUGUUAAUUACUGACAUUAAGACCAAUCUUUUUUGUAUUGCAAGUUUUCUGAAAUGUUAUGUUUAAAUGUGCAAAAGAGGCAUUUAGGAGAAAUCUACAGACACAAACCGACAAAGUGUAGUAAAAUAAACAGCUGGCUGUGUAUUUGGGUUGUCUGAAAGAUGUUUUUGACUGUAGUGUCUGGCCUUAAAAGACCUCCAGACUGCAGUUUACCUGCUGAAAUGUAAGAUUUUAAACAAAAGUAAUUCCAUCGUUUCUCAUGGUGUGAAGUUAUAGUGAGUAUAUUUCCCUUUCUGCAAACAGUUACACAGUAUGAAGUAAAGUGACAAGUUCCAGUUUGUCACAUCUAUGAUAUGACUCAUCCUGAAGCAAUAAAGGAAUAUAACGUUUAAUAAAAUAGAUGCUUUCA